UGUCGUCAUAAGUUGAGGACUGCCUGUAUUUUAUCAACUCUACAGCAAAAUUUCUCAGAAUACAUAGGCAUUCGUUUUUGGCAACUAUGGUAGCAGUAGCUGAUGAGCCCCCAAAAUAAUUAUUUUAAUGUUUCCAAAACGAAGAAGCAAAGGAGGGCAGAAGUUGUUUUGUUCCUCUUAAUAGCUAUGGAAUAGCAGUUACCUGAACGUUACGCUUUCAGCUUUCUUCCUCCCAAAAUCUUUGACACCCAGAAGUUCUCAAAGAUCCUUAAACUUAGUUUGUUAUUACUUUCCUCAGUGUAUGUUCUAGGAUAACUUUUUCUUCCUGUGCCCUAAGACUGUAUUAAUCUCUUUAUCCUUCCUUUCAUGGCCUAUUGCAGGAGAUAAGAAGGAAGAACUACUCUUAACUUCUCCUCAGCUGCAUCCUACAUCUGGUGUCUGUUCCCUCUGGACAUUCGUCUUCCAGGAUUAAGACAAGGAAAGAAAAAGGAAAUCAGCCAAAUGGCCCGGAAAUUGAGCAUUGAUCAACUUGAGGACCAGUUGAUAUGCCCCAUUUGCUUAGACUUCUUCAAAGAGCCUUUGAUGCUACAGUGUGGACACUCUUACUGCAAGUCCUGUGUAGUAUCUCUCUCAGGUGAUCUGGAGAAGCAGAUCCUUUGCCCAGUGUGCCGAAAGGCUGUGGACUAUAGUAGUUCACCCCCCAAUGUUAACUUGGCUCGAAUCAUUGAGGCCAUUCAUACCAUAGGCAACUCAGAGGAUAACCAAAAGUCUUGCCCUGACCACCACAAUCCCCUCAGCCUUUUCUGUGAGCAAGACCAGGAAGUGAUUUGUGGCCUCUGCGGCACCAUUGGCACCCAUCAGCAGCAUAAAGUCAUGCCGAUCUCUACAGUGUACAGCAGGAUGAAGGAGGAACUCUCCACGUUGAUAACAGUUGUGCAACAGCAGAAGAGAAGCCUUGAUGAACAUGUCAACAAAUUGAUGAAUAACAAAACUCGCAUUACGAAUGAAUCUGAUGUCUUCAUGUGGGUAGUCAGAAAGCAGUUCCAGGAUCUGCAUAGGUAUAUCAAUGAAGAGAAGGCCAGAUUCCUGGGGCAGAUAGAAAGGAAAACAACCCGUAUCAUUGACUCUAUUGAGAUUCAGCUGAAGCAGAGAGCAGACACCCUUCAGAAGCUAAAGGAGCUGGAGAAUUCCCUGCAGAAAUUCAACAAUGAAGACCAGCUGGAUUUCAUACAGAAAUAUGGAUCUCUUCCCUCCAGGUCUGAACUUUCCUAUCAGCACCCAACCGAAGGCAUGUACAGUGCGGUUUCUUUUAAGCCUGACUUCCAUCAAGAGGAUGUAAAGAUGAUGGUGUGGAAGCGUCUGCUCCGUAAAAUCCUUCCAGCCCCAGAAACACUGAAACUGGACCCGGUGAGUGCUCAUCCUAUGCUCGAGCUGUCCAAGGAGAAUACCAUGGUGAAAUAUGGCCUGUGCUUCCAACGGCGAGAUAGCAAUCCUGAACGCUUUGACUACAGCAACUGUAUCCUGGCUAAUACGGGCUUCUCCUGGGGAAAGCAUUACUGGGAGAUUAUUGUGGGCUCCAAGAGUCACUGGCGCCUGGGCAUCAUCAAGGGCACAGUCAACCGCAAAGGCAAACUGAGUAAGAGUCCAGAAAAUGGGGUGUGGCUCAUUGGCUUAAAAGAGGGCAAAGUAUAUGAGGCCUUCAAUACCAGCAGACUGGUUUUGCCAAUUUCAGCCCGACCCCAACGAAUUGGGGUCUAUCUGCACUAUGAGAAGGGAGAACUAACCUUCUACAAUGCUGACAGCCCGGAUGAGCUGAUACCAAUCUAUACUUUCCAAGCAGAAUUCCAAGGCAAGCUCUAUCCCAUUUUGGACAUGUGUUGGCAUGAGCGGGGUAUCCAUAAUAACUUACCCAUUAUAGUACCUACUUCCAAAAUGCUGCAGACUGAGGAUGACUGCACCAAUACUGAUGAGCCCACCAAGUUAUAAUAGGAAGUUUCCAUUUGCUCCUAUUGCAGUGAUGGUGAACCUAU